AUGGAUCCAACCUUGCACAAUGCUGCAGUGGAAGGCAAUAUCAGUAAUGGUGAUUUUUCACUUGCUGAAUAUCUGAAAAGGGAUGAAGAAAAUCCGUACCAAGUCACUCCAACAGGCAACACAAUCUUACACGUGGCCGCUCAUUAUGGCCACUCCCAUUUCGUGGCCGAAGUCCUUAAGAUUACUCCGGCAUUGUUAUGCCAUCAGAACAAGAAGAAUGAGACUGCGCUUCACGUAGCAGCUAAUGAAGGUCACGUCGAAGUAGUCCACUUACUGCUUAGUAUAGAUGAGCAUCAUAAGGAGACACUCAUGAGGAUGACAGGUGAGAAUGGAGAUACAGCCCUGCACAAGGCCGUGCGGAGCUGA